AUGCAGCGCGAAGGCAGGAAAGUGGCGCUGGUGCUCGACAGCUGCACCGCCCAUCAUACCGCCCACAAGCUGUCGAACGUGGAGAUUUUUUUCCUCCCUCCCAACACCACUGCGGGCUUGCAACCCAUGGGCGCAGGAGUCAUUGCUUGCUUCAAGGCGCUGUAUCGGCGUUCUGUUUUGAGCAGGCUGGCGCUGAACCUGGACAUCUCCAUACGUGAACGCCGACCUGCGCCGGACUUCAAGGUUUCGCUCCUGAUGGCCGUGCAGUUCAUUUUUGCGGCAUCGGUAGAAGUCGGCUCCUCCACCAUCGCGAAUUGCUUCUGUAAGGUGGGCUUUGCUGGGAAUUCCAGUGAGGCGGAAGUGGAAGGCCGCGACGCUCCUGCCGACGCAGAAAUGACCGAACUUUGGUCGUCGGUGAACGGUGGUGGAGACGCGUCGGGACUUUAUGAGUUUUUGCACGCCGACGGCGCAGUAGCAAUAAAUGAGGACCUCACCGACGAGGCGAUUGUCGCUGCGGACAUCGGCGCGGAAGACGACAGCAGUGACGACGAGGGGGAACCGGAACCCAUGCAGGUUGUGUCGCAUCAGGAAGAGUUGCAAAUGAUCGACUCCCUGCGCGAUUUUGUGUUUGCUAAAACCUUCCGCUCGCCACGCGCCGGUUGA